CCCAUUUCCUUCUUCUCUCAGAUGUUUGUUCCUUUUUGCCUCAAUCGGACGCGUCUACCUCUCUCCUCAAUCAAUCUUUAAAUCUUUCACUGUUCCUAAAUCUUCCCUUUCUAAGAUUUAAUCCUACUUGGUGCUUCCUUCUACUUGACUGAUUUUCCUUCUUUUGGUUUAACCGUGUUCUGCUAUCGACGAUGGAUCUGAUUUCGGGUCUACCGGAUGAUGUGGCCAUGGAGUGUUUGGUUCGGGUUUCCUACGAUCAGUUCCCCACCGUUGCGUCGGUUUGUAAGAAGUGGAAGACGGAGAUUGAGAUGCCGGAGUUUCGCCGGCGACGGAUGGACACAGGUCAUAUACAGAGGCUCAUCGUGAUGGUUCAAGCACGAGUCGAUUUGGAUAAACAAGGCAGUGGUUUGAUGAAGGGUUCGGCAAACCCGACUUAUCGUUUGAGUGUGUACGAGACGAAGUCGGGUCAGUGGAACGAGCUGCCGCCGCCUCCGGGUUACUCGGGCGGGUUACCCAUGUUUUGUCGAAUAGCGGGUGUCGGGUACGACUUGGUUUUGAUUGGCGGGUGGGACCCAGCCUCGUGGAAGUCUUCGAAUUCGGUCUUUAUUUAUAACUUCAUGUCGGCUAAAUGGCGACGUGGGGCCGACAUGCCGGGCGGGCCGAGGACGUUCUUCGCCUGCGCGUCCGAUUCCGAACGAAUUGUCUACGUGGCUGGUGGUCACGACGACGAGAAGAAUGCCUUGAGGUCGGCGUUAGCCUACGACGUGGCCAGAGAUGAGUGGGUCUCACUUCCCGACAUGGAUAGGGAGAGGGACGAGUGCAAGGCGGUUUACCACCGUCAAAACAGGAAGUUUCAGGUGAUAGGCGGUUACUGCACGCAGAUGCAAGGGCGGUUUGAGAGAAGCGCCGAAGCCUUUGACGUUGCAACGUGCAAGUGGGACCCAGUAGAAGAUGAGUUCCUGGGAUCGGCCACGUGCCCGAGGACCUGCGUGGACAGUGGUGAUGGAGGGAGAGUUUACAUGUGCAGCGGUGGUGACGUGGUGGCAUCAGAAGGCGGCACGUGGGAAACCGUGGCGAAACUGCCAUGUGAAAUCCGGGAAGUGGCGCACAUGAGUAUGGGGUUGGAGGGGACGUUGUUGGUGACUGGAUCUAGUGGGUAUGCAGAACCAUAUGUGGGCUUUUUAUUGGACCUUAAGAGUAGCAGUUGGAGAAUGUUCGGAAGCCCAAUGGGCCAUACGGGCCACGUCCAGUCAGGUUGUCUACUAGAGAUUUAGGAUUCAAACUCAUACUCGGUCUCUAUAUGUAAAGAAGCAAAAUUUUGGAUUGUUUAACUCAGUUUGAUUUUAAAAGAGCUUGUAUUAAAUUUAGAGUGCUUAAUUAUAAAUACAAAUACCUAACAUUAGAGUUUUUGUUGUUA